AUGAUCGGGUCACCGGACCUGCUGGCCUUCACCGGCGGAGAGGGCUUUGGAGAGGCGGAGGAGCAGGAGACCGUCCCGGAGGAGCUCACCGUCCCGCUGCUACCCGCCGGUCACCCCUGGAGCUCCUCAGCCCGGUUCAACCGAGACUUCAUCCUGGUGGCGGAGUUCUCAGAGCAGGUGGGUCCAAAGCCAGUGCUGACAAUACCGGACGACCCCAGAGUCAUCGGCUCGUUCGACCUCAACCACUUCUCUGUUCGCAUCAUGUCUGUGGACUACCAGGCAUGCAGCCCUGGCCCAUCCUCCUCUCCUGGACCCCGACUCAACUUCAGCGAGGACUCCAGAGUAAUCCUGGGAGAUUCAGCGGAGGACACGUUUGCGUAUGUCCACCACCUGACGCUGUAUGACCUGGAGGCUCGGGGGAUGGUUCGUCCUUUCUGCAUGGCCUAUGUGUGUUCGGACCAGGCGAAGCUGACGGAGAACUUUUCAGAGCUGUCGACGUGCUUCUCUCAGGCAUCCGAUAGCCUCAAGACGGGAAACAGGCAAGCGUUUUCUAUGGAGCUGCAGAGAAAACUACAGGAGCUCGAGUUUGGACGGCUGACUCUGCUGCAGGAGAAGGAACAUCAGAGGACAAACAACAGCCUCACAGACGUCGAAGAGACAGGCGACGAGCUUGAAGCCAUGGAGCGUUCCAUCCUAACUCACAGAGACCUCAUCCGCCAGGUCACAUCCUACCCAAACAGAAAGCUCAAACAGCCCGACUUCCUGCCCUACGACCCGGCCGACUGCCUGUCCGACCCGACUGUCUUUUUGCUUCCUGAGCCUUCCUCCUCUUCCUCCCUCUCCACCUCCUGCAAGUCAGAGCGCUGUCUGAAGCCUCUGCAGGAGCUCUGCAACCCUUACUUCCUGUCCCUGAUGAAGGACCAGCUUGCAGACAUGGAGCAGCAUCUCCGUGGUGACAGGAGCGUCCUGCGAACCUCUCGUGUCGCACAUUCACUGUCCAAGAGGCUAACACUCACCAACUUCUUAUUCGAGCUGUGGAGGCCAGAGGACGGAGAGGAAGAGGAAAGAGAGAGCGCCGACGUGGAGGCCCAGAUGGCCUCAGGGACUAAGAGGAGCGCUGAGGCGUUCCAAUCAGACCGCCCGACACUGGAGAUGUUCUUUUCCUGUGUGGAGGAGCUCCCCAUCAAACUGGAGGCAGGAGAAACUGGGAGCCCUGAGCCCGGCUUUGUCACAGAGAUGACGGGGAGCGUGAGCAGCGGAGACAGCAUUGAAGUGCUCAUGACGGAGAAGUCUUAUCACACACAGCAUGUUGUUGCUGGAUCGGACAGCAGAGAAACACCAGUUGGCGGGACAGGCGCUUACUUGAGGCGUGUUGCAGUGGAUGCAGGCAUCAGGCGUGUGCGAGCAUAUGCUAAACGUGCAAACAGUGAGGACAGCAUCGAAGUGCUCAGCACCACCGAGUCCAUCUUUCCCGACGACCUCACCGCCAUCACAGAAGAGGAAGCGGAGCAGCAGCCUCUGAACAACGGCUUUGAACCUGAGGAAGAACCACAGACUGAUUGUAGAUCUGACAAAGACCUCACUGAGGAGAAGACAGCGAAUGAAGAUACUUUAGUGAGCAAGGGUGAAAACGAAAGAUUUGUUCAGGCUCCUGCUGAAAGAGAAGAGUCUUCAUCACAAAUAACAGUUAGUGAUGGUGUCAUGAUCAAAGAGGAGCCGUACACUGUUAAGGAAGAUGAAGACAAAAUACCAGAGAAGAUGUCCACACUACUGCAAGGUGAAGCAGCAGUGAAAUCUAAACCACAGUGGCCUGAGGUCCAUCCGAUGUGGUCCAUGCCUGACCUCCACCUGAACGUUGUCCCAUCGGUCGACCGCUGGCCUCCUUCCUGCCCUCCUCUUAGGCUGCUGAGCAUCGACGAGGCCUCAGACUGCACUAGCUUCACCAGCUCCUUGGAACCACCGUCCCCCACCCAAAACUUCCACAGCAACGUCGGCUUGCACAGGAGGAGGAGAAGGAAGGCCGGACUCAGAGCACUCAGGUUCAUCAAGCAGAACUCGUUCUCCCAACAUGCCGUGUUUUGUCUCUUGAGUGGCCGGCCGCUGGUCAUUGUUGGGGGAGACCAGAGUCUGGUCAGGAAACUGGUGGAUGCUCUGAGCCUCUUCCUGCCUGCUCCCGGUCCUGAUGGGGGCGCAGUGAUGCCGUGUUUGACGGCAGCCCUGCAGCUGACCGAUCUGCUCACCUGGAGACUGAUAGGAAUACACAGAUCAUCGUCCACUUCUUCAUCCAUCAUCCUUCACUCUCUGACUCGCUACAGUCGGUAUUUAGCGCUGCUGGACAUAGAUCAGAAGACGCUGUGCUGUCCGUCGUACUCCGGCUCUCUCAUUGGCAGACUAGCCGAUCCUCACUCUGGUAUCAGCCGAGGCAUCACCUACCUGCUGCACCUGGAGAGCUGUCUGACCAUGCUGGCCAAUCAGGUGCUGCUGUACACUUUCAAACCUGCUUUUCAACGUCCAAACGCCACCAGAGGGAACGAUGGAGCAGAAGAAGAGGAGGAGCCUCUGUGCACGCCAGGAUUCUGCAGCAGCGAAAGUGACUUCAGAGUGAUGCACUACCUGUCGGACCUCAUCAAGCAGCGCCACGCCGGAUGCAGUACGCCGGUUUUAAGAUUCUCUUACAGCUCAGCGAAUCUCCACAGAAACACUUAUGCAGCAUAAGAAUCAAAAGAAGACACUGGAUGAACAAAAGAUAGAUUAUUCUGAUUGCUACAACUAAAUGUGAACACGUCGGUGCAAAAGAAUCUUAUUUUUUUAGUAAGUCUUAAAUGCUGAUGAUUCUGAUUCCUGGACAUUUUUGCACUAGUGUCUUACCGGAACUGAAGACUUCUAUAUGUUGGCAGACUUAUACAGCUUUAGUAUGAUGCUUUAAAAUUUAUCACUCGAUCAAAUUGAACUCCUUGUGCAAUUUAAGCAAGCAAAACAAACCAAACUUUAUCGAUCUGAAAGUACGUUUUAACAAGCAUUGUAUUAUGGUUUGAAGAUGCUUUAAUACUCUGCAACACUAUGUACUGCAAAUCCUUUACUUGUCGCUCUGUCGUUUAGUUAGUAGAAAGGCAAACGUGAAGCUCAAACUGAAUACGAGUCACAGCCAAUGCAUUUCAAACAGUACAACUGAUUUUGUGACUACAUUUACAGCAUUAUGUCACUAGCAGGAUGGGGGAAAAAACAGACAUUAGUUCAUUCUGAUUCAGGUCCAUACAGUUAAUAUCACAUGUGGAUAGAUAUGCUACUGGUAAGUGUAAAAGAUUCAAAUUUUAUUUACACUUCUGCUGUGGAAUAGAUGAGAAGGUCAACACAGUACAUACUGGUACAGAGGCACACUGGUGCCAGAAUAGACAGAAAAAAAAUACUGGAAACUUUCAUUUGCAUUUACAAAGUUUGGAUUUCUUAAUUAUGGAAAAAGUAUCUCACUUCCAACUUCCACGUUUUAAAGUGAUCCAAAAAUAGUUGACAACCACCAAAAAGGAACAGUAUUUUCAAAAUGUGAAAAAAACUAUGGUGUUAAUCUCAACACUGCUUAAACUCUGAGAGGAAAAUAAGCAGUUUUUCUUCCCUCUCAAUGUCAUUGUCGACUCCAACGUCACCAUCAAAAACUUAAAGUCUAAAAUAACAGGUUCUACUGCCUACGUGAUCAAUGUUUAAUAACUUUGCUUUUAAACUUCAAAUAGCAGAGCAGCAAUCUCCUUCUGUUUGACAAUGUUCUUUUGUUAUUUUAGCAAUGUUAAGAUGAGCCGAUAUUAGUAUGCACAUAUUACUCUGAAAAUAAAGUUAGAUUUUAAAUUUGCA